AACAACAAAUUGAUGAUCAAUUGGAUAAUUUAUUUUCAAAUCAAAAAAUUCUUGAUUCAACAAAAGGAACACCAACAUCUUCAUCAUCAUCAUCAUCUUCUUCUUCAUCACCAUCAUUAUCAUCGUCAUCACCAUUAUCAACAUCGACGACAUACAAUCAACCGAUCAAUAAUAUUAUUAUACAAGAAUUAUUAAAACAAUCCAACAACAACAUAUUACAACGUUUGGAUGGUCAACAAUUUAUCAAUAUAUUUGAUCGAUUAAUGGAUGGUGAGCUUACAAGGAUUAUUGAACAAAUCAAAUCUAAAAAUAACAAAUUCAAUUUGAUAACACCGAACAAAUUGACAGCCAAGCAAUAUAUUAGUAUUUUGGAUAAUUAUAGUUCCGGUGAGGUUAGUGCACGUUUAGCAUCCAUUUUUUCAUCAUCGCCAUCAUUAUUAUCGUUGAAUAAUGUUGUUGGUGGUGGUAGUGGUAGACGUAAUCGUCGAUCAUCAUUUGAUUCAAUGACAGGUUUAUCGAUCGGUUAUUCUAAACGAAGAUUCGAUCCAAUGAUUGGUUUAUUACCAACCAAACGUGGAAUGAAUUUCGAUGAAAUGGAUCAUUCUGGUUUUGCUGGUUUUGCUAAACGUGGUAUAGUUGAUUUUGAUGAAAUGGAUCAUUCAGGUUUUGCUGGCUUUAAUAAACGUCGUUCAGCCGAUUUUGAUGAAAUGGAUCAUUCAGGAUUUGCUGGUUUUUCUAAACGUCGUAAUUUUGAUGAAAUGGAUCAUUCGGGUUUUGCUGGUUUUGCUAAACGUUUUAAUGAUUUUGAUGAAAUUGAUCGCAGUGGUUUUAAUGGUUUUGCUAAACGUUCAGCAAAUUUUGAUGAAAUUGAUCAUAGUGGUUUUGCUGGUUUUGCUAAACGUAAACAACAACAUGGUUUUGAUUUUGAUGAAAUGGAUCGUUCGGGUUUUACUAAUUCAUUUGCAAAACGUUUAAAUUUUGAUGAACUUGAUCGUUCGGGUUUUAAUAGUUUUAAAAGAUUUUAUUUUGAUCCAAUUUCAUAUCGUUGGUCAUUGAAUGAUUUAAAAUUUUUUAAACAAUUUGCCAAUCGACCAUUAAUUAAACAACAACAACAACAACAGUAAAUAUUUUGUUUGUUUGUUUCUGUCAAUCAAAAAGGAAAAAAUUAAAAAUUAUUUUAAAUUUACAAAAAACAAAAACAAAAUUAAAGAAAUAUCACCUGAACACACACACAACAUAUCCAACAUUAACCAAGAAUUAUUUUGCAAAAAAUAAUCUUCACCAACAAUCUUCACUCACCUUGAUAAGCACCAACAGAUCACACACCAAACAAACAAAACAUUGAAACAUCCAAAAAACCCCCAAUAUUUUUGACCUCGAAACCAGAAAAAAAAUUCCAAUUGUUAAUUAAUUAAUUAUUUAUAGAUUUUUG